AUGCAGGCUGGAGCCCCCACAGUGAACACCCUCAGUGGAGGGGUCUUCACAACAUCUCGAGGGCUGCUGGUUGUGGCCCGGCCGGGCCAUGGCUACUGCGGCCACAGCCAGAGCAGCCUCGGCGCCGUGGAGGUGCCUGGGGCUGCCCCUCAGCCAUACCUGGGGCUGGUCCUGGAAAAGCUGCACAGGACUGUGGCAGCAUUGCCUGAAGAUCUGAGACCGGGACCUGGUUUUCCGUCGGAAUUGGUGAUAUGUGUGGCUAUUACUGGAUUUUUUAUUCUCUUGCUUUUGUGGAGAAGCGUUCAAUCGGUUAGAAGCCAGCUUUAUGUAGGAAGAGAGAAAAAGCUUGCUGAAAAGUUUUCUGGACUAAUUGAAGAAAAAUGUAAACUUCUCAAAAAAUUUAGCAUUGUUCAAGAGGAGUAUGAAAGCUUAGAGUCAGCUUUGAAGGAUGCCAGCUUUGAGAAGGAGUCAACAGAAGCACAAAGUUUGGAGGCAACCUAUGAAAAGCUGAACAGGUCCAAAUCUAAACUUGAGGAUGAAAUAGUCUUUCUAGCAAAAGAAUUAAAGGAACAGAAAUCUAAACAUUCUGAGCAAGAUGAACUGAUGGCAGAUAUUUCAAAAAGGAUACAGUCCCUAGAAGAUGAAUCAAAAUCCAUCAAGUCACAAGUAGCUGAAGCCAAAAUAAUCUCCAAAAUAUUUCAAAUGAAUGAAGAACGUCUGAAGGUGGCAAUAAAAGAUGCCUUGAAUGAAAAUUCCCAACUUCAGGAAAGCCAGAAACAGCUUUUACAAGAGGCUGAAGUAUUGAAAGAACAAGUGAGUGAACUUAAUAAACAGAAAAUAACAUUUGAAGACUCCAAAGUACACGCAGAACAAGUUGUAAGGGAUAAAGAAAAUCACAUCAAGUCUCUGACUGAACGCUUGCUCAAGAUGAAAGACUGGGCUGCUGUGCUUGGAGAAGACAUAAUGGAUGAUGACUUGGAAUUGCAAAUGAAGAGUGAAUCACAAAAUGGUGCUCGCUUAGAUGAUCUGCCAAAAGGAGCUUUGAAGAAACUGAUUCACGCUGCUAAGUUAAAUGCUUCUUUAAAAACCCCAGAAGAAGAAAGAAACCAAAUCACACUCAGCUAUCUGAAGUAGAUAAAACAAAGG